AUGAGUGCUCCAAACCUCCCCAAGUUCUUCUGCACCCGCCCCAGCGGCACCCUGACUCCCCUUGUGGCUGUUGAUGAGCUGCCACCUCAUGUCUCUGUCCGGGGUGUCCCACGUAACCUCACUCCCAAUGACACUCAGGGCAUGACCAGCUGUGGCCUGGCGGCCCCGCGCGCGGGUCCUUGGGUUGUGGAGGGAGUCCCUCUUCCUCCCACUGCCCCUCGCGCCUUGGCCAAACAAGAAAAUCUCACUGAGCUCCAAAAUCUUCUUGUCAACAUCAUCCACGAGAACUCCAUCUCCUCUCCUCUUCGUCUUGCUGUUGAGAACAUUCUGUACCGAGCUCCUGAUUUCUUCUACCCUGCCGAGCGCACUGUCAACAAGAUGUCAGCCCAGGUUCCUGCCUUCAACGGCAACAACAAGCAGCAGGCCUACAACGCCAAGAAGGAGUACUGCUCCUACUGGAUUCGCCACGGCGAGUGUGACUACCAGCAGCAGGGUUGCCUCUACAAGCACGAGAUGCCCACUGACCCUGCUAUGCUUGAAAAGCUUGGUCUUCGUGACAUUCCUCGCUGGUACCGUGAGAAGUACAACGUGCCGAGCCUCCUGUGGAGUGGCCAUGGCCAUCCUCUUCCUCCCAGCCAGCCGGUCAUCACCCAUGACGGCCCCUACAAGGCGAUCGAGUACCAGACUCCGGUUUCUGACAACGGUUCCACUCACGCCCAUACUGGCAAUGACAAGUACCAGCCUGUCCAGAAUGUCCGGUCUAUUCCUGUUGAUGGAGUUCCGACCCCCGUCGGGACUGCUGUGCCCCAGGACCGUGGUGACCAGCCUAAUGUGAGUACUCAUGCAGCUUCGUACUUGCAGAAGGGCAAAGAGCGUGCUGCUACUGCCCAGUCCGUGACCUCGGGCACCCCCUCUGGCAACAGCGAUGAUUCCUUCGACCUCGAAGCUGUUCUGCACAAGUUUGACAAGCUGCUCGCCGACGAGGUGGACCCUCUUGAUCCCACGGCUGACUUCCCGACUGAAUUCCCGCCUGGCUUCAACUUUGCUCUUCUCGCUAAGACCAAGCGGACCCCCGCUGAGGGUUUGUCUCAGAACAAGCGUGACCUGCUCACCAACGUCGAGGCAGACAUCACAAACCCCUCGACUCAGUCCACCUCCGCUGCUCUGCCUGGCACUAGCAAGAGCCUCAUGGACAAGGGUAUGGCUAACCGUAACCUCACGACCCAGCGACUUCAGUCGAUGAACAACCAAGAGGCGUGGGAUACCCUCCCUCCUAUGGAGUUCCCGUUCCGCACCAAGUCUCGCCGGCUGUGGGAGCGUCCUCCCAAGCAGGAGGCCUCUCGCCCUUUCUUCAACCGCCCAAUUGGUCGCAUGGACCAGACCCCUCGUGCCAAUAAGGCGCCUUCCUCGGGUAUGCAUGCCACUCCUUCCAGCGGGAUUCAGUCCACUGUGUCUCCCAUGAGUGAGCUUCUGUCGGGCAGUGAGUCUCUGGACCCCCAAGAGCCUCUGCUCAACUACGGUCCUAUCGGCGGCCCUGUCCUGCGUCCUCCCUUGCCUCAGGGUGGUGCCCGGCUGCCGGACCCUCGCAACAAUAAGAAGGAUGCCCGCAAGUAG